GUGCGCUUAUGUCCUCUGCGUGCAUCCUCCCCUGGCACUCUCGUUGGCAUCUACCAGCCACGGAAAUGCCAGACAACUUUCAUCCCUCCUCUGGCACGUGAUUACGUCGCGACGCACUCAGAGCCUCCACUUUCUCUCUCGCCUUUCCUUCCUUCCUAUCAAGAAGUACUUCUGCUUCUCCUAAGGACACAAAGUGAUACAGACUUCGAGAUCAUUGGGAAAGAUUUUUUUUUUCAUUUUCUCAAGUUUCCACAAUUCUUCCUCUCGAUGCUUCGGCCAGGCUGAAUCCUGGCCAUUUACGAACUCUACCAUAUGGAUUCGUUUCGCCCGAGUCACGAAUAGAGGAACAAGAACAACAUGGAGAAACGACGUUCAUCCGACGAUAGCUUGAACGAUCAGGCCUUGCCAAUUCCUAUUCAGGUUUUCCUCUGGCGUCAGAUAAGUCCCUUUAUUCGUGCCAAAUUAGGAAAGCUACACGAGGCAUCAUGCAUGUUCUGUCAACACGCGCCCGGCCAUCAUGAGAUGAAGGAAGCCUGCAAGUGUUUCGAGAAAGUUCUGGUACAAAAUCUUCACUCGGGAUUAUCGUUAUCUUUGACCGAAGCUCUGGAAUCAGUGCCGCGAUGGCGUCUGAUACAAGCAGCUCUUCCUCACGUUCUUCACGCCUCUGCGAAUCUCCUUCACAACAGGAAGGAUCUUCAAAGCUUUGGGGCUGCAGAGACAAAGCUACUGUACACUCUUCAUUGGAUAAUUUUGGAUGCAGCCGAAGAGUGUGCAGAUGCGGAUGCUGAGCAUAGAAUCUAUCACUCCAAUCCAUUUUACUAUCUUUUCUCUAUACCCACGAUGACGCUUUUCGUUUACCUCUUUGCCCCUUUGUGCAAUCACCUGAAGGAGUCUGACUUCAACUCCAACUAUCGAUUACAAAACGGCCUGAAGAUAUGGUCGGCAAUGUGGGAAUGUCGGCAUCCUGACACACCGUGCUUCACUGCCCAUUGCCGUCCGAAGCCUCGUGCUCUAUGGUGUCGUUCCACCAAGGCAACCAGACACCAGCAGCAAUUCGAAGACGUCUUCAUGGGGGGAAGAAAAACACCCAUGGACAAAGGUGCAGAUACAGAGAGUCCACCGAGCCAAUCUGUCAGUGCGUGCUUUUCUGAUCAGAGUGUACCACCCUCUAGUAGACAGGCCGACGAAGAGAGCAAUUGGUUAUCGUCGCCCAAGGAUACUGUAUUUCCUGAAACCAUACCCGAAGAAAGUUCCAGUACAGAGGACGAACACGUGGUCAUUUUUCGAUUACCCUCGUUAAGUGAAUCCGAGAAGGCUAUAGACGGGGUGAAGGAAAUAUCAACAAUUUUUGCCGGUGAAGCUAGCAUAUUUCAUGUUGCCAUGGGAAGAACUACUAGUUCAUCCAAAUCUACCCUGACCAUAGAACAGGUCACGGCCAUUUCCGGUUUAGACACCUGUAGACAUUAUCAAGCAAAGAAGACAAUUUGUACGGAGAAGAUCGAGAGGGAUGAUAGGGAUGAUAAGGAUCUGGAAGGAUCUAAAUCGAAAUCUUCGUUGACACGUCAGAGUUCACCUGGCGGUACAGGAUCUCAAAGACAACCUAGACUUUCUUCUGGAACUCCUGUGAUCAUUGACGUCUGUGCUGCCACCUUCUUGGACGUAGCAGUGCUGAGGUGUCUCUUCGUUUCCCAGUGGCAGGAAGAGGGUAUUUUUUGGGCACUGCAAUUCCUUUAUCAUCGACUGCGGGAGAUCAAUGAGGACAGUUCGGUCCAGCAGCUUCCUCGUCGCCGGAGUAAUUCUUUGCCAAUUCCAAAGAUUGAAGUUUCCAUCUAUCAAAGUCCCGAAAGUGGCAAACGUGAUGAAGCCAAUAAGGAUUUUAUUGAAAUACCGGAACCUCGUGACGCUUCAGUACUCACAGAUCUGACCACCCUGCCAGAUUCCCCGUAUGUACCACGCAAGUCAAAUGACCCGGACUUGCGACAUUCUAGAAGAGCCAGUGAGAAGACGAAGAAGAGGAUGAAGAUGGCCGACCUCAAGGCCUUCGUCGAGACCAAGUUACUCUCCAAGUCGGAGAAGACGUUAGAAAAAAUUGGGCAGGAAGAUCCAAAAGCAUUAUUUGAGCAGGAGUGUCACAGGAGUCUGGAUACCGGAGAUGAUCAUCUGACUAGACCCACUUCGACCUCUUCAAAGAUUUUCGACGCAAAAGACGUGGACAGGAUUAAGCAUCCCACGAAUUUAAUAAAAGGGAAGAGUAUGCCAAGCCUAAGCUGCUUGAUUGACGAGCUGACCGCGGGAGGAUAUAUUGGCGAUACGAGGAUCGAAAGAAAGCAAAGCAGAUUUUACAGUCAAUCUUGUACGGGUACCAAUCCGAUAAUCACAGUCACGGAACAUACGCCGACACCAUCACCAGAUUACAUGAAAAGACAGGUGUCCAUCGAUAGUCAGCUGAAUGCUGUGAGCAUUCACGGCAGUAAAUCAGGAUCAGAGAGGAAGCCGAGUUUAACCAGAUCUCAGACAGACUCGAAUAUUAUUUAUACAGGGGACGAAAUUCCGGAAGCUCCAGGAUCACUUUGUUAUAUAACGAAGGAGGGAGAUAUAGAUUAUCAAGUUAUGCUAAAGGCUGUACAUUCAGUUGCUCUAAGAGAUAAUUCCUGCUGCACUCUUCGCGUCUGUGAGAAUAUUCUGAACUUGCUUGAACUGUUAAUGGACAUGGGAGUUUUGAAGCAAUGCCUACGCGAAGAGAAUUCAGGCAGCGAUAACACAGGGCCACCUGCAGGUCCUGGUCCAGGUGAGAAGACGGAGAGUCUUGCGAGGAAGCACGAUUCUCCAGGCAACGAGCAAGAUCGUAGAAACGAGGGAAACGGAAAGAACAGUAAACAAUUGACGGCUCACAGUCUCCUGAUGAAUUGCGUAAUAAGAGUACUGAAGCACCUGGGCUGUCCUCACGGAUGCUCGGAAGGCAUGAGAGGACCGCCGGCCGAUUUCAUCAGGUCACAGGGUCAGAGUAUUCUGAGCAAACUGCAUCGUGCAAGUUCAAAGCAAUUCUCGCGAUUCUUGCGUUCGAUGAUUCGCGAACAGCCAAUCCCUGAGCUUCUGGAUUUCUUCCAUGCGUACGUUGGAUUCUGCGUAGACCCAAGUUCGUUAUUAUCUCCGCUUAAUCAGAAAAGAAGUUCCAGCAAGUCGCCGGAUGUCGCGUCUCAGGGUGGAUACGCGACUAAUUUCGGAGCAGCUUUUAGCGGCGGAAGUGCUAGUGGUAGCGGUGGCGGCGGAAGUGGAGGUGUACCAGCCAAUACGGCUGCUGCAGCCACUGCAGCUGCAGCCGCAACUGCUGUGGCUGCCGCAGCUGCUUACUGUGGAAUGGGUGGCAGUGCUGGCGGAGCGAGAGGAACCGAAGGGCAAAUAAUGAGCAAUGUCUUCAAACCUCUCGUUACUCGAUUCGUCAAGUCACUGAAGCAACUUAAGUCGCAAGAAAAUAUUUCGCUUUAUUGUGACCUAAGGCAGUUUAUUACUUACGUCAAGGAAACUCAUGGCGGCGUCUUUCGGCGCACUGCUCUUAGUGGUUUAUUGGACUCGGCUGAUCGGCCUAAUAAAAAAAGUAACAGUAACGUUCAAACCACGAGGGUUAUUAGGCACAUCCAUCAGUCGGAUUUUGAAGAAAAUCCCGACCUGGGUGGUGAUUCCUGUUAUGCCGUAGAUGACAGGGGAACACGAAAAUUUCUCUUUAAGAAAAGAAGCACUUCCUCUACCUGCGCCAGUCUUUUGGAAACCGAACUCAGCGAGGAGAAUGCCAAGAUCAGUCAGAGUCCAUUAGGCAAUUUACGUAAAAAGCAUCACAUACUAACGCCCAGACAAAGUGAACGCAAUCUUGGAUUGGGCGAAUCUUGCUCUAUGAUGAGUAAAUCUAGAAAGUCAGCAAGAUUAAAGAUCGGUGGGAUUGUCAAUUGGUUCCGCAAGGAAUAUGGAAGAACAGAUUCCACUGACAGCCAUGAUAGCAGCGAGUCUCCUACCGAAGCAAGUUUCGUUAGACAACCGAGUAUUUAUCAUGGAUAUUAUCGCGGUACUUCGCGAACUGGACGUGGCGUUGCGCGUUGUAGGGUCAGUCAGACGUUGCAAAAGGCGAAGAGACGGAUGGAGGAUCAGUUAAAUAAAAUUGGACUGGGCAAAGGAAAGAAAAAGGAGAGUUUGGAGGAAGUGCCUGGAAGCUAUUUCAGUCGCAGAAAUUCAAUGGACAUGGGUGAAGCUUCACGAGAAUCCGAAUUUGUUGUCUUGAAAGAGCGCAGGUUGGUGUCACGUACGAUAAUAUACGACGGCAUGGCAAGGUUUUCUUUUCUCUUGGAGACCUGUCAACCUGGAUCCGUUCCCGAUCAUCACCUAAUGGCAGCAGUUUUGGACCUGCCCUAUGCUCCCGUGGUGGCCCGAGCUGCCAUGAUACUCGAAUGCGCUCACCUGGUCCAUCAAUGUAACAAAGGCCAUUGGCCAGCCUGGAUGAAAUUGAACUUCCCAAUGUUUCGGCCGUCUGUACCAAUGAACAAUCGCAAUGCACCAACUGGCUUGAGACGCACCCACGUCCUGCAACGAGCAGCUGGGAAGUUGUUCUAUCAAUGGGCGGAAGCAUUGGGUUCCAGAUUAGAAGUGUUACUGGCUGAGGAUAAACAAAAUGUCGAGCAAGUAAUAACUAUGGUGUCCGAUGAAAGUAAGCAGAGGGAACUGAUAAUCGAGGACGAGGAGGAAGAUUUUUUGGAUGAGGCCAGCAUCAAUGGUUACGGAUCCCAAUGUCCGAUGGCUUUACGACUCGUUGCCUGUGUUCUUUUAUUGGAGGUAACUGCCUUUCUCAGGGAGACUUAUCAGACCUUGCCAAAGUCAAGCAGGUUAUGUACAAAGGAACGUCCACAACCCUGGGACAGAAUGUACAGUCGCGAAGCCAACAGGCGAUGGAGCAUGGCGUUGUCUUCUAUGGGCCAAUCUCAGACUUCUGCACAAAGUCUACAGUCUAUUGCAGGAGAUCGUGAAACAGGCGAGGAACGCAAGAUCAGCUUUGUUCUUCACGAGCCUGAUAACGAGUCUGAAGGGAGUAGCAAGUCUACUGUGACUAUUCAAGGAGAAGAGACGCAGAAUAAUGAACGUGAGAAGAACAGACGCGUACAGGCACCUCAGGGUCGACCAUUUCUUCUGCGUCGUGGAACAGCUGGUAAUGCUACAGGUUCUUUCAAGAGGAGAAGCCUCAAACUACGUCGUGGUACCAAGGAAGGGAAGGAUGUCGAGUGCGAAGCAUUGUUUUCCUUAGAUGCUGUGAGAAGAACCGAUUCUAUCCAAUCGAAGAGGAAGGUCAGUUCUCUGUCUGACAGGAGUGACACUUCUGAGCCUGGUCUAGGAGGCGAAGUUAGUGGCGAAGAGUCUCCAGGAAUCCUGAGCGAUGAUCAACCUCCCGAGAGUCCCAGUGACAGUAACGAUACCGAUGAGACCAAUAGAAAUUAUCCUUGGAUGAAGGUUCUUGUGCAGCUUGCGAAUUCAUUCAAUUUUUACUGCUCGCAUCAGAGCUUCUGUCAUCCAUUUUGUCAUCGACGUCAGAUGCGAGCGAGUGGUAGAUUGAUAAAGUCAGUGCGCAAGAUUUAUGGUGAAGAGUUUGGUAUACUUAAUGGGCUUGGCACUUUUGACCUGGACACGGACAAGAAGGAAGAUGGUAAAAGAGAGAAAAGAGGUAGAAAAGUAUCAGAGCAAACAAGCACGCAGGUUUCCCCAGUAAGAAGGAAGGACAGCGUAGGCCGGAAGUACAAAAUUGAGAAGAAUCUGGAAGGCUCUCAGUCGGGACGCCUGACCGGUGUUAAUCGUGACUCUUCCAGGGACCUGGCCGAUCAAGAUGCGGAACGUGGGAGAGAAUCUGCCAAAAGAGGAAGCGACGGAGAAGACGAACCAAACAAGGAUCCUCCACCGAUUUUAAAGUACAUUAAGAAUCAAGUGAAGGAUGCUUUUCAUUCUCCAUUAGCGACCUUAGUGAAAGGUGCGGUGGUUAUGUCGGAGGAUUCGUUCAUCGACGUACUUCCUGUGGCCUGGGAACUUCUGCUGGAAUCGAAUCAGGAAGUCGCAGCAUCCGCAGCAUCCCUCUUCAUUGUGGCUGCCGUCAGAGCACCCAAUCAGGCUAGUGAACUGAUGCAUCAUGGUCUUAAGCAUAGCAGCACUUCUGUUCGUAUCAAUGCUAUUCUCCGAUUUCAAGUUCUUUGGAAGCUAAGGUAUCAGGUCUGGCCCAGGAUGGAAGAGUCUGCUCAUAUGACUUUCAAAGUGCCGCCACCAGGAAUAGAAUUCACUUUGCCUUCUCCAAAAAUUGGUAUUGAGUCACUGCCGGUUGUCGAUCCACCUUGGAUGCCUCAGGUCAAGACCAAAGUAGAGGAAGUCACUAUCAAUCAGGAGAGACACAGAUCACUCGUAACUGCGACCAAGACGCGCAAGAAGCAGCAAACAGAGCUUAUAAAGAAAGCUCUGCAAGCACAGGUGGACAAGAAGCGAGAAGAACGAGAGAAUUUUCUUAUCACGACAAUACCAAUUACAGUACAGGCUGCUUAUGAACCGAGUCCAGUUGGCGAUGAUCAUGACGAAGGUGACGAGGAUGUUGGUGAAACUGCACCUAGAAACACUUCACAUCAUGGCCAAUCAGCAUUGUCGUUAUUUCCGUCUUCGCUGUGUUCAGCAAUAGUGCAAAUCAUUAAUUUACUUGACGAUGCAGCUGUUUCUGAUGACGGAAACGCUGUCUACGAAGUGGCUUAUCAAGUAAUCUGGAAUUGUCUUGUCGAAGAUAGUGCUCUCUUCCUACGAUAUGUCUUGGAACGUUUAACCAGAGAGAAGCAGGAACUCAUGUUCAAAAUUUUAAGGCAUCUUAUCAGAUUUGUACCAAAAUUACCACAACAGGCGGCCUUCGCUCUUUACAAUUAUAUUAUUGGCUAUGUGAUGUUUUAUGUGCGUUCGCCCCACGAAGAAGGACAAAAACUCAUAGGAACUGCUUUAUCCAUCUUGUGGAUGGUGGUGCACAGCGUUCAUGGAAUAAUGUUCAAGGACCUUAAACAAAUUUUGAGAAAGGAACAGUGCGACGCCUCGAUCCUCCUGACAGCCAAUGUGCCAUCAGCAAAGAAGAUAGUCGUUCAUGGUCCUCAGGAUCCGGAUGCAGGCGGAAUUCCUUCCCAAUUUCCGGUUCAAGAGGACACGCAGUUUUGUCAGAUUUUACGAGAAUCUCUAGACUUUUUUGGAAUUGAGGAAUCAAAGCAUCGCGAAUAUUUCCUUGUCGAUUACAAGACACAUCAAAUACACAAUCCUUCGUCGUACGUGCGAGAUUAUUAUUUUUUCAAGAGAUCUCAAUACCCACAAUUGGAAUUGGUCCACAUGAAAACCGAGGAAGCCUUCAACGCUUUGCAACGUCAAGAAUUGAUACAUAAGUUUGUGGAGAUCGGAAAGGUCCUAUUGACCUGGGCUAUUUUGAAGAACGUUGAUAUGGUCGUCCAGAGGGUUGUUUUUCUUCACGAGGAAUUGAUGAAGCUACCAUCUUUUCCCAGGAAGGCUUUGGAGGCUGACCUGGAUCUUUAUAAAGGCGGUGAAAUUGGCAGGGAAUUACUAGGUCUGGAUGUGAUGCACAAAUUCAUGUGGGUCAGACUAAUAGCUCGAAUGUUCGAGGCAAUGGCUGGCAACUUUGCUUACUCUGGCGACAUUCAUCUCUUCCUCAACGUGUUAAACGGUGCUGUGAUUCUUCACAGUGAAGAUUCCUGUAUUCUCAGAUACGUUAUAGCCACAUACAUAAAUGCUGCACAUAACUUCAAGAAUAUCUUCUCAACAAAUGGCUAUCUGUUGAUCAUGCCUACACUGCUACAACUUUAUUCAACACAUCAGACAAACAAAUUGGUCACGACAACCGUUGAAUAUGCAGUGAAGCAGUUUUAUCUGAUGAAUCGUAAACCGUUCAUUCUUCAAAUGUUUGGCAGUGUAUCAACCAUUCUGGAUACUGAUGAGACAAGUACUCACGGGGAAGCACACAAGGUUCCUUCGGCCUGUCUAUUUAAUUUAUUAUUGAGCUUGGAGACUCCGUCACCUGAUCCUCUCAACAUAGGAGAAUUAGUUAAAGAGGAGAAACCUUUGAAAGCCAUUGAUUUUUGUUACCACGAUGAGAAUGAAAUGGUAACUGUGUUGGAUUGCAUAUCUCUCUGUGUAAUGGUGAUAGCAUUCGCAGCUGAUUCGAUCAGAGGACAACAGAUGCUGACGAUACUCGAAGCUAUUUUGCCCUGUUACGUGCAGCAGAUACAAUCUCCCACUUAUAACAAGGAGGGAAAAACUGAAAAAGAAAUAAUUAAUCAGUUAGCAAUAGCAGUGAAGACUUUAGUCAAUAAUUCCGAGGCACUGACCAAAUACUACAAUGGACCACAGAAAUCAAGUCCUGAGCACAAAGGUUCCAGUCAACGAAAUUAUGGAAAAGGGCCUUAUUCGCCAGGAUUUGAUUUUGAUGAUGACGCUCAUACGAAUAAAUACAUAGAACACUCAAAAACUCGUAUUUUAUACGAUCGUGACAACGAAGACGCAGAAAGUUGUCACAAAAAUGAAUUUCGCAGACCGCGGGACACUCUGCUCAACAUGGUGGGCGAUUUUGUUGCGCGUUGUUCAGUGCGACUUGUUGAACUGAACAAAAAGUCUCAAGAUGGAAAAACUAUUGAGCUUCUUGAUUCCAAGUGUCAUGUGCGACUGGCAGACAUAGCUCACAGUCUCUUGAAAAUCUCACCGUACGAUCCCGAGACUAUGGGAUGCCGAGGAUUGAGACGGUAUAUGAAUGACGUUCUUCCGUCAACCGAAUGGGCCAAUGACGAUAUGAGACCAGCUUUGACGAUCAUUCUGCGAAGAUUAGACAAGACUUUUAAUAAGAUUUAUAAAAAAGCAUCGAUCAGAAGGAAUACUGAUUGGGAAGCAGCCGGUGAUUUGUUGAAAGGCAUUUAUGAGACACUUUCAAAAUGCCCGUACAUUUCCCAUUUUCAACAUUUGAAAACUUUGCUCGGCACUUGUCAGGCUCUUAUCGUUGGUGACACCACUGGCUUGGUAGAGAUGACUUCAGCUGCUUCAGCUGCCCUCAUGAGCCAAAUUCCACCUCAACACUUUUGUUCAACAGUCUUGCGCCUUAUAGCUCUUCAAGUAAUUUCUCUUGGGGAAGGAUACUCAUUGGAGAACGUAUGCGGCGGACAGUCAAUGUUCGCCACUCAAAAUCGAACAGAGAAUAUGUUACUGAAUUUGUUAAUACCUUUGUUUCUGCGCGUUGGAACCGGAAGGAAAGAUGUCCCUAAGUUGAGACAAUCCGAUAUAAGCUUUGCCUUGACUGCUGUUCUAAACACUCUUUGGCCACCGUCAGCAAAAACUGCACCAAUCACAACACAAAAUUUGAAGACGGCUGCUGACAUGAGAGCCGGAAGUUUGACAUUCACUGCCAGAGAUGCUAAAGUUCCCACUAAGAUUUCACUAACAUUGUACCAAGUAGCAUUUUUAGCCCUAAAGAUCAUGACGAUCUGCUUUGAAACUGAAUUGAAGACGGAAUGGCCGAAAGUACUGAGAACGAUGCGAUUAUUGAACAAACGAAACGAAGCAUCGAUACACUUGUGGAAUUUUUUAGAAUUCGUUGUGACCCAUCGUACAGCGCUCUAUAUUCAGAUGUUACCCUUCAUCGUUCACAAGAUAGGACAGCCUCCAAUUUCUGAACACGAGAGAAACAUGCAAAGCAUUAUACGAAAGAAGAUCAAUGGAAUUGCAAUGCCAGUACCAAAAUCCCGUGGUACCUUACUGACGGAUCUUCUUCACGAACUUAAGGAUUUAAAGAAAGAGAUUGAAGAUAAGAAAUUAUACGAAAUGCAGCCUGAGCCAAAGAGAAGUGUAGUGGAUAUGCACCCAGCAGCACCAAACGCAGCUCAGAAUGCAACUGAAGGUCAGCACGUAAGAACACAGAGGCCGUCCUUGAUAGAUCUCCUGACCGGAGAUCUAGGAUCUAGAGCUCACAUAAACAGGACACCAGCCGAGACUCCAGUAUCGCAUCCUCCAGUUCCACAAUCGAUUCCUCAUUCGAUUCAUUCGCAAAACAUAAAUCCCAAUACGGCAACCAAGAUCAAUAUAACCAAUCAAGUUCCCAUAAUUGUCGGGACCAACGCAACUCGAGGAUCAGUAUCGAGCACAAGUGCAGGAUCGUCAACGUUAAGAGAAGGCAGCGACCUGGGCCUUCGAGAUUCACAUACAGAUCAGCCAGCACAGACAGAUAGAUCCCAACCAUCUUCUACUAGCGAUGAACGUAACAAUGUUAAGCCUCAUCCCACUAUCUUACCUCAUCAAAAGACGUCCAAACUACGCUUUGUCUCUUCCGUAGAGUUUAGGCACUCGUCAGGGGAAACGUUGAUGAGCCAGUUGAGUCCGAGCAGUCCGACCGAGGACAGCUCCGGUGACUCUCGUCCAGACAGGCCACGUCUUCAACGCUCUAUGGGUCAAAGCAAGAGGACCUUCCGCCUACGAAAGAGUCGAAGGAGUCACGUUGAAGUAUCGCACAUUAAAUUAGAAAAUGCGGAUUCCACUCCUAGCCAGCCGACAGUUCAGACACCAUCUUCGACGACGGAGCCGUCGAUUUUUAGCAUCCCUUCGGACUCCUCUUCGAUAAGGUCCAGACGUAGUUUAUCUACGAGACAGAGUCACAGUGAUAGGGGAAAUAACAACGAACAGAAUCAGCAUCAGCAUCAAAAUCAUCAUCACCACCAUCAUCAUCAUCAUCAUCAUCCACACCAUCAUCAUCUUCAUCCUCAAUCUGAUGUGUCCUGGGAUGAGGACACUUCCAGCACUUCCGGAUAUCGUGAAUCUUACAGUAUGCAGUUGGUGUCCUUGGAGAAUAGCGCCAGACAGAAUCAGGAUCCUCCGUUGGCAUCUCCGGAUUUGAAUGACAUGCCUUCGACAAGUAGUACUGCUACUAAUUACAUGGCCUUUGACGGUAGCUCGCCAGAUUGUUCCAUUAGUGGCAGUGGUGGUGAAAAAACCGCUCUGCUUACUUCUAGUCAGAGAACAACCUCGCAACAUUCGCUACUUAUGGUUUUUCAGACACAGGAUGAAGAUACCUUAAUAUAGACACUUUACUGAUAGAAUAACAUGUUAAGGGAGAGAUCUUUAGGGAUUGGAGACUGCGAUAGUUUUAUGGACCAUAAGUUUUCUUAAUAUAGAAAACUUGUAUAAUUGUAGUAUCUGUUUGGUGAGUACAGAUGGCUAGAGUUUAAUCAAGGAGAAUGAUUGUAAGGUGCGGAUGUAGAGAACAACGUUUUAAGACAAAAGCUACAAUACAGUGAUCUGUUUAGUCCAUAUAUUGAAUAAUGCGUGUUGAUCAUUUAUGUCAUGGAAGUAUUAUAAUAAUAGUAGUAUUAAAAAUA